UAAACUUGGAACCGUCCGAAGGUGUUGACAUUCCAGGUAGAUGAUCUAAUGGUGGCAAUAGCCACAAUUUGAAAACAAGAUGGCGAAGUCGAUGAUCGCCUUAGGUUUUUCGAUAGUGGCUUUCGUGUUUAUGGUGGGGGCCUUUGCCAGUCCUUACUGGGUAGAAUCGUUUAGUAAAGCGGACAGUCGAUUUGUGAAGGCGGGUCUCUGGGAAUUUUGUUUUAAUGAUUACACGUUUUGGAAGGACUACAAUGGAAAACGUUACAAAGGCUGUUGGUAUAUUUUCUCCGACCAGUACCGAGUGAUAUGGGAGUGGCUAUCACCACCUUGGUUCAUUGUGUGUCAGGUCAUUGCCAGUGUGUGCAUCCUGUUCCAGUUCAUCGCCACCGUGAUUUUGAUUCUACUCGCCCUGAAUUAUUUCCCAAUAUAUCUACAUGAGGUGAUAUUAAUGGGAGGAAGUUUCGUGUACUUUUUUGUUGUGGUCCUCAUUCUGAUCCAGGCCAUCAUUUUCGGGAUUAAGAAGGAGGAUCGGCAGUGGGUUCCCAGGCCGGAUCAGAACUACCUCUCCUGGGCCUAUGGAUUCUUCAUCAUCUCCGCUUUCUUUACAUUAUUCUCCGCUAUUACACUUGUAAUGGCUUCGCGAGAUUUUAAGAAAGAGUUAAAGCAGGAUUAUCCAGACAGACGAAGCUAUUAAUAACCAACAAACAGACCAAGUUUUAUAUGUGUAAUCUCAACUAUGCAAGAAAAAUGGAUAAACAAGCAUGUGUGUGAAUGGUUGUACAAGUCACGGUAUAUUUUGUGUGUUAAGAAUUAAUAGUUCUAUGUGUGAUACAGUUUUUAUUUCCUACUCAAAACAUCACUUGGGGAGAACUCUCGUAUAUUACGUCAAAAUUAACGUCAAAUUUGGUGACGUCGUCAGGUUAAUAUAAAGUUUUCCGUUGAAUAUAUUACAGCUACUAUUGUAAAUAAAGAAUAACAAUGCUCAUUUUCAUAAAUGGCACAUUCUCAAAUACCAGAUUUAGUAUUUUGGUGAAUUUCCUUGACAGGGCAGAUUUUGGCUAAAACCGUACCUUGUUCUUUGUAUGCAUGACUACAGUACUGUCCAAACAGUACCGUCCAUUUGUGCUGUGAACUUUGCACAGACCUGUAGCUCUUUCUGUUGUAUCUGUAGUAUUCAACAAGAAAAUCAGUACUACUUUGACUAAAUGACAGGAAUGACAUGAGAAAGCAGCAUUCAAGAUGAUUCCAUCAAUCAUUUCAGCAUGGCCUUCCUUUUCUGUUAAGUGUCAUUGUAUAUAACUUUCAUCAUACACUGUAUAUCUCAUAUUGAUUUUUGUGACUCAAAGUAUGUAUUUUAGAUGUUUUAUAUUCUAUCAUCAUUAUUACACAUUUUUAUACUUCAAUUUUUGUGUCAUUUUCAGUAAGCAAUACUUUUUUUGCAUACUUUGUCAGUCAUUCUCUGUGGGAUUUUAACAUAUUGUUUUAUUACUUGUAGUUCACUUUUCUUCAAAAUGUUUUAUUCCGAAAAAGAUGAGAUGAUCGAUGAUUCACAAGAAAUUUUGAAUUAUUCUUUGAAACACCAUAAUUUCUAAUUGUUAUCAGUCAUAACAUUGUAUAUUAAUUCAUUCUGAAUAUGGGAGCAGAAUAUUUUAUGUCUUGUUUUCAAUGUACAAAUGAAAAAUUUAUUUUUCAUCUUAUUUUAGUUUCUGACACUCUUAAGUAAAACAUGAAAGAAAAUUAGAUUACAUAACUCUGGUCAAGAUAAUAAAAGUAUGUAUCUUUUCCACUCAUCAACAAAAUGUAUGCAUUUUGUAUGUACAUUAUCCAGAUGACAAAUUUUGUAUCGACAUUUGUAAUACAUUCCUUUUUGGAAAUAAUAAAGAACAAAACUAC